AUGUCCAAAUCUUUCGAAACCGUAUUUGUCUGUAUCAAGCAGUUCAACGCUCGUUUGGGCGAUGAGUUGACUCUCAAAGUCGGCGAUAAAAUUGAGGUUCUUGCUGACGACUCGGAAUAUAACGAUGGCUGGUAUAUGGGCAGAAAGUUCUCCGACAAUAAGGUUGGCUUGUUCCCAAAAUCCUUCACUCGAGUUGUUGAAUCUGAUACAUCCGACCCAUCUCUUUUACGCUCGCGCUCCCGCCGGUUACCAAAUGCUCCUAAGAGUAAGAAAAAUGACACAUCAAGCAACAAAGCCGAGACACCGAAAACGACCCAAAUGCAGUUUCCAAAAGCCACCCAAUCUACGGCCAAGCCACAAAAGGACGAGGUGAAUUCCGCUAUUGAUGAAAUCGAUAAAGCUUUACAGGAACUUCGUCUGUCUUCGCUUGACCCGUCAAAGGGUCAUCUGCGCAACCCAUCUGCGCUGUCUUUAACCCAGGAUCUAAAUCCGCUCAAGGCCACAGAAUGGACACCAAAGCAAGUCUCGUCGUACUUUGCUAUUGUUUUGGGUUUUGAUAUGGAUGUGGCUGGCAAGUUUGCCCGUCACAAGAUCACGGGAGACAUUUUGUUUGAGCUUGACUUGGCACAUUUAAAGGAAUUAGAAAUCGACUCUUUUGGUACUCGUUUUGAAGUGUACAAGGAGAUUGAAAAGCUAAAACAGAUUGCGAAUCGUGCUAAGUCAUCCCUGACAAAGUUUAACAGAACUGCUAGUUCCAAUGCAGACAAAAACAAGAGAAACUCUACGUUCAUCCUGCUGGCGCCGCUUCCAUUCAAUAAUUCCGAUGAGGACAAGUCACCAGAACCUACUCAGCUUCUUCCUUCGGUGAAUAUUCCUGGUAAUCGUGGUAGUUCGAAUCCGAUAGGUCAUACGAGAGAACUAUCGGCUGCAUCAGGAAGAUCCUUUUCGCAUCAAAGGACAAGAUCGCAAUCGAUGGAAAACAUAUUGAGCUACGGCACUCCUAAACAUAGAGUUGAGAGCCCAUCAUCAUCAUCCUUUUUGUCUCCACGAAAAGCCCCUGAGCCUCCCACAGCUAGUCCUAUGAACAAGAACUUCAAAUUUGGUGGAAGCCCAGUCACUCCUCUGUCAAACUUUAAUGGUCUGAACUUUUAUAUGACACGCACGAGUGCCUCUUCAGCCGCCUUGAAUAAUGGUCCUGGGCUUCUGCGGCCUGCUUCAUCUAUCUACGAUACUUCGGUUGUGGCACAUCAAAGGCAGGGCUCCAACGCCUCGCAUAAAAGGCACUCAUCGGUGUUUCUGUUCUUGUCAGGCAACAACGAAGAGGAGAAGGAAAAAUUUAAGAGUCACAACUUGUACAAGUCACCACAUGCCAAGGACUCACCUUCGUCCCCUCUCCGCAGCUCCCACUUUUCGCCAGAAAUGACUGUUGAUAUCGAUGACGUUGGCCUUUCCCCAAAGAAAGAAAAACCAGAAGUAAAAUCAGGUAAAAAAGAUGUGAGCAGAUUAAAGACUUUGCGUUCUGUGUCCACUCACAAUUUCCGCAGUCUUACUGGGCUGAGGAAACUGAAGACUUCGGCAUUCCAAGAGGGGAUUCGGGAAAUCAAUCCUGAUGAUGCUAUAAAAACCGCGAACCAUAGCGGCUGGAUGGCCAAAAAAUCAGGCAGUACUAUUGGUUGGAGGUCCCGCUACUUCACUUUGCACGGCACGCGGUUGUCAUACUUUGCAUCUUUACGUGAUAAGCGUGAAAAGGGCUUAAUUGAUAUCACGGCUCAUAAGGUUGUUCCUAUUAGCUCCGAGGGCGAUAGCACUGGUACUAAUGAUAAGUAUAUUGCACUUUAUGCUGCUCUGACUGGAUACGGUCGAUACUGUUUCAAACUUGUUCCGCCAGCUCCUGGAUUUAAGAAGGGAUUGACCUUUACACAACCUAAAACCCAUUACUUUGUUGUUGAGACUGCUGAUGAAAUGCGUAAAUGGUUGAAAGCAUUGAUGACGGCCACGAUUGAUAUCGAUGACUCUGUUCCUCCUGUGAGCAGUUGCAAUACACCUACAGUUUCUUUAGCGAAGGCGCAAGAGUUGUUGGCAAAGGCCCGCGAGGAAACUAAAUUGAAGGAUGAGGAAUUGCGUGCGAGGGGAAUUUUCCGUGAUGGUGAUUAUUCCGCUGAUUUUACCACUUCCACAACUUUGCUCAAUGACAGUGCUACUUCAGAGGAGGCAUCGCCGAUUGUUGGUUCAAUAGACGAAACGACAAUAUCAUCAUCUACACCUGGCGGUACGCAGCCACGGCUUAGCGUGGAUACCCUGGCAAAGAAUUACCGUGCACCAUCCACCCCUCAGAUCUCCUCUAGUUCAGGUGGUUUUGCUUCACCGUAUCUUUUAGCAUCUGGAAUGUUGUCCCCCAAACAGACUACACCGCUUUCCAAAAAGGAUUAUUUUGGCGAUUUGGAUAAUAGGCCACCCACCUUGGCUGAAGAAGGUUCUUUAGAUGCAACUUCCAGCGGUAGUCUGGAACGUCCGGUAUUUUCUAACAGCAAUGGACGUGUCAUGAGUAGUUCGAAAAAAUCUCCGGCAUCGCGGUCCAGCGAAUACUCCUUCUCAAAGCACAAGAAGUAA